UAUCUAAAUCAACAACUACCAUGGCCGACAAAGCUGCUCCCGAAAAGCCCGUGGGUCGCCCCAUGAGAUACCCGUACACUUUCUCGGCAAAGAUUGCCCAGUUCCCCAUCAAGCACUACAUCAAGAAUCAGUGGAUCUGGCGCUACUACUUCAUCGCGGCUAUUGCCUGCGUGCCCGUUUUCUACAAGAUCAGCCGACUGGCCAACUCGCCCGGAAACAAGAAGGCAUGGGCCGAGUCCCAGGCUAAGGAGGCAGCCGAACACCAUUAAAUGGCCCUCAAGAGUGAUGCUGCCUUUAGUUUUAAUAUAUGCAUCUACAUUUCGGAGCUGUUUUUGUUGGCUUUAACCUUGAUUGGCGAAUAAAUGAGUUGAAAACGGA